AUGCCCUCAUUUCAAGAUACAACCGGCCACGACGCCUCUCCUCCCUUCUCCAAGAACGCCGUCCUGGAAAGGACCCAGUCGCAAUGGCUAUUCACCGCCGAAGAACUCCUUCUCACCCCAAGUAUCCUUGAUGGAAUGGCUGUCACUCAAGAGUUGGCCAACAGACAGAAAGGUGUCAAUUUCAUAACCCAGGUCGGGAUCAUGUUGAAGUUGCCUCAGUUGACCCUCGCUACGGCUUCUGUCUAUUUGCAUCGUUUCUUCAUGCGCCACGCUAUGGUUCAAAACAACAGGCCCGGCUUCCACCACUACUCAGUCGCAGCGACUGCCAUAUUCUUGGCCACGAAGGUGGAGGAGAAUUAUCGGAAGAUGAAGGAGCUGGUGGUCGCAUGCUGUCGGGUCGCCCAAAAACAGCCGAAUCUGGUGGUGGACGAACAGAGCAAAGAGUAUUGGAAAUGGCGAGACACCAUUCUGCAUAAUGAGGACCUGUUACUAGAAGCCUUGUGCUUUGACCUGCAACUUGAGCAGCCCUACCGACUUCUCCUCGACUAUCUCCGGUAUUAUGAUGUCCAAGCGAACAAACAACUGCGAAACACAUCGUGGGCGUUCUUGAAUGAUUCCCUUGUUACCACCAUGUGCCUCCAAUUGACGCCUUCGGCAAUUGCGGGUAGCGCCUUGUACAUGGGGGUCAAGAAUGCAGGCAUCAGCCUUCCCGACGAUGAAAAAGGCCGGCCGUGGUGGGAGCAAUUGGGCAUCGAUCUCCACGAUAUCCAAAGAGGUUGCAAUCUUAUGGCAGAUGUCUACGAGAACCCGACCCUACCGCGUCAAGGUCAAAAAGACGCAUAUACCAAAGACGACGACCUGGCAUUGUUCGAUCGGACCCGCCAACCCGCUACGCCGCAGCCUGACCUGUCGCCCAUCGACAGUGCAAAGAGCGGGAGUCAAGGUGCCAAACGUGACAGAGACGUCACUGACGAUCCAAACUCUGGUGAGUGGGGAUCAGGCAUGCCAUCACAGCGACCCAUCGGCGAGGAGCAGUCAGCACCUUCACCCAAGAGACUUCGUCGAGAUUCACGAGAUGAUAAUAUCAACCUUCCUCAAAGGAUGACGAACCGUCCCCCUGCGACAACGUCGGACGAUCGUCCUUCCAACGAUUCAAGAGCCGCCGGCGACGAUGUGCAGAGGAGAAUUGACGAGAUCGUAAAUGCGUCGUCGGGCAGAGCACCGCAAUCUAAUCAGCACCGCAGGCCCUCGGUCCAAAACUCACACCAAAGCAAUUCUCGGAGACAUUCGUCCGGAGGCUCAAACUGGAACGGUCCACUUUCGUCUUAUAGCAAUGGUCAUGCAGAACAAGCUCCAUCACAACACCGACCGGAAAGUCGAGACAAUGGCAUGUAUACUGAACCCGAGAGCGGCGACCACGGGAGAAUGCCAUCUCGGGUGCCUCUGGUUUACCCUGCAGAUGAGCGACCACCGCAGCCACCGCAACCAGAACCACCUCUGAACGGUAUCAAUGAUCUAGACGAUGCCGAAAAGGUCGACUACGGCAGCGAAGAAGGCGAGCUGUAG